AUGGCAGAUAUGUCAAUACCCUUACAUUCACUGAGAUUCAACAAUAUGACAAGGGAGGAAAAUGUGGACUCCUCAAACAGAGGAACAACAUUUCCUAGAACAAUGACAGAGACCAAAGCAGAGGUCCAAAUCCUGCAUUCUCAUGUACAGUUGCCUAUAGUUUCAACUUCAGCCUCAGACCCUGGGGGGAUAACCACACAGCUGAUGACAUCUCCAGCUUUUGACACCAUGUCCACACCUUUGAUAGGAACAUCAAACUCUGGAGCAGUGUCCCCACCACUAAUGCCAGCCUCAGACUCUGGGACAUUGUCCCCACUGCUAAUGCCUACGUCAGAUUCUGGAAUAUUGUCUCCAUUGCUAAUGCCAUCUUCAGACUCUGGGGCACUGUCUCCACUGCUAAUGCCAGCCUCAGAUUCUGGAACACUGUCUCCAUUGCUGCCCACUUCAGAAUAUGGGUUGAUAUCCCCAGGGAUGAUGACAAUUCCUGACUUUGGAACAAUGUCUACAGCAUUAAUGGCAACACCAGAUUCUGCAGAGAUCAUGCCGUUGGCAAUGACAGCUCCAUCUUCUGGGACACUGUCCACCACUGGAAUGAGUACCUCAUCCUCUGAGGCAAUGUCCACACCAUUAAUGCUGGCCCCAGAUCCUGGGGAGAUAUCCCCACUCCUCAUUCCUGAUUUAAACCCUGGGGUGACAUCUCCACAGCCAGUGACAGCUCCAGGCUCAGAAGCCAUGUCCCCCUUGCAAAUUACAGAUGAGGACACAGAAGCAAUGUCCAAAGUACUAAUGACAGCUCUGGCUUCUGGAGAGAUAUCAUCCCUUCUGAUGUCAGGCACAGAUUCUGAAGUGAUAUCCUCAUUGAUCAUGUCAGCUCUCGGUUCUGAAGAAACACCAGCCCAACCAACAAGCACCCAAGACUCAGAGGAAAUAUCUACCACACUGAUGUCAGGCCCAGACUCUGGUGUCAUGUCUUCACUGCUGAUGUCAGCUUCAGGUUCAGAACCAAUGUCCACACCACUACUGGCUGCCCCAAGUGCUGGAGAAGUACCCACAUUACCAAAGCUAGCCCCAGAUACAGAGGUAAUGUGCCCACUGCUAAUGACAGCCUUAACCUCCACAGUGAUGCCCACCCAACUGAUGGCAACUCCAAGGUCUGGACUGACAUCCCUACAGUUAGCCCAAAAUCUAGACUCGGAAAUCAUGUCUGCUCCACCAAUGAGAGAAAUACACUCUGCCGUGACGUCAACACAGCCAGUGAGAGCUUUAGAUUCAGGGGCAAUGUCCUCCACUCCACGAAUGAGAACCCUGGCCUCUGGGGAGGUGUCUACUCCACCAAUGACAAGCACAAGCACUGUGGAGAUGUUCACAGAGCAAAUGUCAACUACGGCCUCUACUGUGAUGUCCACACAGUUAAUGAUGACCAAUCCCCUCCAAACAAUGUGUAGAGACUUUCUAAAAGCCACAGCCAAUGGAGCAAUGUCCACACAGCGAAUGAGGGCCCCAGCUUCUGGAAUGAUGUCCACACAGCCAAUUACAGCCUCAGACUCUGAAAUGAUGCCUGGGUCACAAUCAAUAGCCACAGGCUCUGGGUCCAUGACCACACAGCCAAUCAGAGCCUCUAUCUGUGGUACAAUGUCCACAUCACAAAUGAGUACCACAGCUUCAGGCCUGACAUCUGUACCACAAGGAGCCUCAGCCUCUGGGGCAAUAUCUACUCCACUAAUGGCAGCCACAGUGUCUGGAUCACCAUCCACUCUAUUAAUGAGAGACACCGCCAUGGGAGUGAUGUCUAUGCCACAAAUAAAAGCUCCAGCCUCUGCCAUAUUGUCCAAACCACUGAUGACAUCCAAGGCCUCUGAAACAGCAUUCAUGGACCAAAUGACAACUGUAGUAUCUGGAGACAUGCCUACCCAGCUAAAGAGAGACACAGCUUCUGGAGCUCUGCCCAUGCCACAAAUGACAGAUCCAGCCCCAGGAGGGCUGUCCACAUUGAUGAUGAGAACCACAGCUUCUGGAGUCAUAUCCACAUCACAAAUGACAGCUACUGUCUCUGGAGAUAUGUCCAGAGGCUCAGAUCUGGGUAUAACAACUACAACACUAAUGAGAGAUACAGCCUCUGGGCCAAUGCCUAAUCAGCCAAUGAGCAGCCAAGAUUCUAGAGGACUAUCCACAUCCCUCAUGAGAGCCAUGGCCUCAGGAGAUAUGCAGAUGAGAUUUCAGGCCUCUGGAGCAGCAGCCACAUCAAUAAUAAGAACUUUGGACUCUGGAGAGAUGUCCACACUGCUCAUAAGAGCUUCAUCUUCUGAAGAGAGGUCUCUGCCACUAAUGCAACCCCUAGCUUCUGGAGUGGUAACUACGCCUCCAAGAGCCCCAACCUAUGGAACUGUGUCAGCUCCACAAAUGACAGCCACAGCCUCUGGAAUGAUGCCCAUGACACAGAUAAAAGCUUCGGCCUCUGGAGCAAUGUCCUCACCACUAAUGAGAUCUGCAGGUUCUGGAGGCAUGCCUAGAUUGCAAUUGAGAACGCCAGGCAGUAGAACAAGGUCCACAUCACAAAUGACACCCACAGUUUUGGGACACAUGGCCACACUUGGAAUGCGAGCUCCAGCCUCUGGAGAGAUAUCCCCACCGCCAGUUAGAGCAUCAGCCUCUGGAACAAUGUCUAUGCCACUAAGGAGACCCACAGACAAGGGAUCUGUGUCCACAGACUUAAUGAGACCUCCAGCCUCUGGGCAGAUGUGUAGCACACAAAUGCUAGCCAGUGUCUCUGGAGGGAUGGCCAAGCCAUUCAUGAGAGCCACCACCUCUGGAACAGUGUCCAUGCCUUUGAUAUCAGCCAUGGCUUCUGGAGAGAUAUCUGUACCACGAAUGAAAACCACACCCUCUGGAGCAAUGUCAACACUGCAAAGCCAAGUUGUAACCUCUAGAUCUAUGUCCUUGCCACAAACCACAUACACAGCUUCUGGAGGGAUGGUGAAGCCACCAGUAAGAGCCUCAGCUUCUGGAGCAGUGUCCACACCACUUAUGAAAGCCUCAACUUCUGGAAUGAUGUCUAUGCCACUACUAAGACCCACAGUCUCUGGAGGGAUAGCUGUGCCACAAAUGACAAUGGCAGCCUCUGAAGGGGUGUCCAUGCCACUAAUGAAGGCCCCCACCCCUGGAAUAAUGUCAACCUCACAAACAGCUUUUGGAAUGAUGCCCACUCUGGAAACCAAAGCUACAGACUCUGGAGAGGCCUCUACCUCUCAUGGCAAAGUUACAGCCUCUGGAUCCAAGUCCGUACCACACAUGACUGGCCCACCCCCAGAAACCUCGAAACCACCACCAAAAGAAGUACCAUCCUUUGGUAUGUUGACUCCAGCACUCUGUUACCUCCUAGAAGAGCAAGAAGCAGCCCGUGGCUCAUGCCCUGUGGAGGAGGAAGUAGAGAUUGAUGAUGAGAAGCAAAUGAAGGGCUUUUUGAAUGAUUCAGAGAAAAUGGCAUUUCUAGUGUCUCUUCAUCUUGGGGCAGCAGAGAGGUGGUCUAUCUUGCAGAUGGAGGUUGGAAAUCCCCUCUCAAAUGAAAAUAAAUCUUUUCUGAGACGAUCACAGGGCAUAUACAACUCCCUGUCUGAGAUUGACGUCCUCAGCGCUGUUCUUUGCCAUCCCAAGCAGGGCCAGAAGUCAGUCAGGCAGUAUGCCACUGACUUCCUGCUGCUGGCCCGACAUUUGUCUUGGUCGGAUGCCAUUCUACGGACCAGGUUUCUGGAAGGACUUUCAGAAGCUGUUACCACCAAAAUGGGUCGGAUCUUCCUGAAGGUGGCUGGCAGCCUAAAGGAGCUGAUAGACAGGUCUCUCUUCACUGAGUGCCAGCUGGCUGAAGAGAAGGAUUCCCCGGGCAACUCAAGCCAUGUUCUGCCGACGAAAGCCUGCAAGCGGAGUAAUGAAGAGGCCAUGGAGAGUGAACGGGGCUCUCAGCAGCACGCUGAGGAGCACCACCAUGUCCCCAAACGCUGUUACUACCUGAAAGAGCAUGGAGACCCCCAAGAAAGUCUUCAUGACCAUCUUCGACAGAGCAUAAGCCAACAGAAACCAUCCACCAACAACUAG